AAAAAGAAAAAAAAAUGUUUCGUACAGGUCAAUUUGACAGAGGAGUAAUUUGCAAUUACUGCAAGAAGUCCGGACACUUGCUCAAAGAUUGUAGAAAGUUGGCAUUCAAAAAUCAAGGAAAUUUGAUUGCUCAUGUUGCUUCCGCUACCACCUCAUCUGAUGGAUCAGUUGCUAUUUCUUCGGAUGAAUAUGCCAAAUUUAUUUGCUACCAAGAAUCUCUAAAGCAUUCAUCCGUCCCUAUCUCGGUAGCCGCGAAUUCAGGAUCUGUUAACGAAGCAGACUAUUGGUAAAGGACAUGAGUCAGCUGGUCUUUAUAUUUUGGAUACAUCAAUCACAAAAGGUAUCUCUUGUCUUGGGGUUGGGACUUUGUUAGAUGCUCAUUACCGAUUAGGACAUCCAUCUCUCCCAUUAAUGAAGCAAAUAAAUCCCCAAUUUAAUAAGAUGACCUCUUUACAAUGUGAGUCAUGUCAAUUUGCGAAACACCAUCGUACUAGCUUGAGCCCUCGAGUUAAUAAACGAGCAAAUGCUCCAUUUGACCUUGUUCACUCUGAUGUUUGGGGUGCUUGCCCGGUUGUGUCUAAAGCUGGUUUUAAAUAUUUUGUUACCUUUGUUGAUGACUAUUCUCGUAUGACAUGGUUGUAUUUCAUGAAACGUCGAUCUGAGUUGUUCACUCAUUUUUCUUCCUUUUAUGCUGAAAUUAAAACUCAGUUUAACGUUCCUGUUCGGGUGUUAAGAGGAGACAAUGCCCAAGAAUAUCUAUCUGCUACAUUUAAGUCAUU